CAGAUUUCCCCUGUCCAAUUCAUUAGUCAGUUGCCUGUGUAGUGAGCGAAGUGUUGUGUACACCAUCACGCCAGUGCUUAUAGGCCGUCGAGUGUUAGAUUUCUCUGACAAUGCUCUUCCAUGUGCUGGCUGGGCUGCGGGAGCUGUUGCGCCAAGUGGAGGCGACGUUGCCGCGCGGCCGGCGCUUCCUAACGCAGCAGCUGGACUCUGCGCUGGCGCUGGCCGAGCGCACGGCGAUGGUCGUGUCCUUGAGCCCCGCACUGCCGCCCAUGCCCGCCGUCCCUCAAGACGAUCAAGGUCAAGUCGGUGUGAACGAGACCAACUUGUUGCCAUCGACAUUUAGCCGCCUUUUCCUCCUUCUGCCUCAAACUCUGGUGAUUUUUACAACAAUGAUGGUGGUCGUAAUUGGACUGCUGUUAUCAGCGCCAGUGUAUACCAUGCACGUCGUCUGGCGCGGGACAAAUUUCCGGUGGUCAGGAAGAAUCGUCGAACAGAGACCUUCAGGAAUAGUGCUAUGGCUGCGUUCAAGAAGGUUGUUGCUGCGACAUCACGGUCUUGAGGAUGCUCGCCAACUUCCGGCCCGUGACCAGGUCCCAAUGCAUGCGGACAUCGGUGUCGGUCCAGCGGAAAGUAAUUCCGAAGAUACGCCUGUCCUGUCAGAGCUGGUCGAGUCAGGGUCACAAGAUGCGUCAGGAUCCCAGGCCGUCCAGGGGGCUGAUCGUUUGUCACAAGGGCUUCUCUCCGGAACGGAUUCUCCCUUGCUCACUACUAGCCCGGACUCUGCCUCGUUCAACGCGGACUCCCUGGCCUCCCUCCGGAUGUCGGACUCUCCGCUUGCCCACCACGACCCGCCGCCUGGCGCGCUGCCGUCGUACCUUUUGUCCUCGGCCUCUUCCUCUUCGGUGUACAUCACCUCUGCGGCGUCGGCCACCUGGUCGCGGUCGCCUUCUCCCAAAUCUUCGGAUUCGGAGGCCAUUUCCGCUCACGCUCUUUCAUCUCGAGCUGUGCCGUCUUCGCCGCGAUCUUUGCAGGCUCCCUCGGAAUCGGCAGCGCCGCGUUUGUCUCCCCGACCGCCCUCGCGCAUUCCUGUCCCGAUCGGUCGACUACUCUCUCCAGCUUCUCGCGAACACGGAGGGGAAAUGGUGAACCUGGUUUCCGGUGGCAGAGGACAGUCGACGCCUGGGCAUUCUCAGUCGCAUACGUGGCCACUGGAUUCUUCUGAAAGAGGGUUUACGUCAGCUGGAACGGCUUCACACCUGCACGGUUCCGAAGUUUCUAGUGAUGAAUUACAAGGACUAACGUCCGGUAGCGGUGAAUCUGUAGACAGGGUCGGGGUUUCUUCUGGCAUCGAGGCCACGUUUUUUGGGAGUGGUAACCCUUCCCGAGACAUAGACGAGCCGUCAUCGAGCCAAUCGUGCGAAUCUCCCGUAAAACUUUCUCCGUCCCGAAGACAAUCGCCUGGCCGACCGCGUACAUCUCUUCAAUUACAACUUUCCCCCGCUGCGGCACCACAUUCGAGACAAGAAAUGCCAUUGGUCGGUAUUGCGAGCGAGCCUUCUUCACAGACGGAUUCGUGUUCUGAAAUGGAAACUACCACUACCAUUCUAGAAAGCUCUGAUAUCGAACUCGGAUCUCGGUCGUCGGUACCGUUCGUAAAUUCGGAAAUGCGAGCCUUGUCGUUAUCGAAUAUCGGACCUGAAAUGCUAUUAAUCUUACUUGAGGCUCCUUCAUCGACCGACAAGUCGCGAUCUCCUUCGCCAGGACAGUCCGUAAUGGCGCCUGCACCACAACCACUUUAUUCCCUCCCCAUUUCGCAAAGAUCUCGACUUCCGCCAAAUGAUUCAUCUUCAGAUGAAGCCCCUUCAAGAAGUGAACAGCUCGUUACUCCAGAAUCCUCUUCUCCAGCCCGCCUGCCAUCUUCUCAAACAAGCGGGCGCCGCGCUUCACCAGGAUCAAGGCCAGUGCCUCGAGACGUCCAUACACUAUCAACGGGACGUCUCGCUACACCGGAAACGUCGCCAACCCGCCAGCGACCCUCGCCAAAAAAAGAGCUUUUCCCUACCACGGAGACGACUCCAGGUCGCAAACUCUCUCCGGCAAGCGGCAGCAUAGGUUCACGAGGAUCAGCCUCUCCGGGUGGAGAGACGCUCACUCAAGCAAGCGAGCAUCUCACUACGCCAGACUCGUCACCAUCCCUCUCUCCAAACGCCAACGAACCCAUUUCACGAGGAUCUAGGUCACCCGCUCAGCAGUCGCCCUCUGCAACAAGCGGACGACUCGGUCCACAAGAACAAAUGUUUCUCAGUCCAGACUCGCCAUCACGGAAGCGUAAAUCUCCGCGUCGACGUCUAUCACCGAGCUUCGGAUCACCAUCUGGAGCCCGUGUAUUCCAAUUUCCUGAGCAGCAAUCGCUUUCUCCGUCGCGUCAAACCAAUGUUUCUCCGCGAGGAGAAAUUUCAGCUAAUAGUGGACCUCAGGCUCUACAAUAUAUUUCCCCACGUGAUUCGCGCUCUCCCAAAAGUGUUGCGCAACUUUCUCCGUUUGAAUCAGGUUCACGCCGUCGGGACCCCUCUCGGUCUCCUCCGACGAAGAGACUAUAUUCAGAGAGGGAUCUUCCUUCUCAAUCCAGUCCCUCCGAGCAGCCAUGUUCGUCAGAUUCACUUUCGCCUGCUACGAACAGUGUUCAAUCGCCACGCGCCGAAGCCUUGCCGACUUCCACGCAAGAAUCCAACCCUUCGCCGAAAAGCGCAAAAUCGUCGCACGAUUCUCCUUCCUCCUCCUCGCCAUACUCCGUACUCCAAUCUUUGUCCGAACAGUCGGGCCAUCCUUUUUCGCCUUCACUUCCUGGCGAAUCUCCCGGACUCCCGGUGGGGGCCGCUUCUGACCCUUCACAUAUGUUACGUCCCAAUCCUCAGCUCCAGUCUCCUGUGCGCGUGACGGAGUCGUGCUUUCGUAGUGUCCCUAUGAGUUCGCUGUCCUCUCCAAUAUUUUAUCCUCCUGACCCCUCGGUUCCCCAACCAAGCUCAUCUAGCCCGAGUGCCUCCACCAGCAACGCGUCACCCGAUUCUACUGCUAACCUUCAACGAUUCGCGCUGACGCGGGCCUCUUCCAGCACAUUUUCUCACUCCGCACACAUGAGCGGUCCAUCAACCUCCAACCAGAGCUGCUCCUCGCCUAGUACUUCAAGCCAGUCGGCGCCUGCCCGUCCCACUGGUUCAGCUUCGCGCGCUCGGCGCCCCGCCAGAUCUUUCGGCAUGACCCGAUGGCCACCGAUGGCUGAAUUGGCGGCGGCGGCAGCAGCAGCCACUGCUUCAUCGGGGUACGAGACUAUAGAAACAUCAGAAGAUACGUCCACGUGCGAGUCUUCUUCGCAUGGCAGCUACGGAGAGGAUUGCUCGUCCACUGCUGAUACGAGCGGUCCGGACUCGAUGGAAGCAGAUACCGAAAAUGCUGGGCGAACGCCUGGUGUGAGGCGUCAACUACCUGUGCAUAGUGCGUCACAGCCCGAGUUCUCGAGCAUACCCGCCCAGAAUGCAUCUUCAUCAAAACAGACAAACCAGCGUCCAGAAGGCGAAGUAGAUGCAGGGAUGCCAACUCCCAGCAGCAGUACCGCUACCUGGGUUCACCUCAGUCCGUCGAGGCUCGCCGCCUACGCGGCCAUAGGCCAAGGUCCAUCGCCGAACCACCCGAGCGGUUUCGUGCCCCUUGCGUGCCUCGCGGAGCCACUGGGCGACGCUGUUGACCCAGCCGAAUUUCCUUCAUUAGCCAGACCGCUUUUCCAAGACGAUGAACCUACAGAAAGGAUUGAAGGUACCGCGGAACCUUCGGGCUCAGCUGGCGGUUCCAGUUCUGUUCAGUCAUCGAAAGACCCCGCGGCCACAAACGACAGAUCUCCCGGACUCGAACACCCGGUUCCUGCAGACUCGACAGACGAGGUCUCGAGCGUAUCCGCUGACAGUGGAUCUCAAUCACAACCAGCCGACCGACGCACAGGAGGCGGGGUACCCUUGCAUGCAGAGAUGCAAUCUCCCAGCACCAGCACCAGGGUUUCCCCCAGUCCGUCGGUGCUCGCCGCUUACGCGGCCAUAGGACAGGGCCCGUCCCCGGACCAUCCAAGCGGUUUCGUGCCCCUUGCGUGCCUCGCGGUGCCACUGGGCGACGCUGCUGACCCAGCCGAAUUUCCUUCACUAGCCAGACCGCUUUUCCAAGACGAUGAACCUACAGGAAGGAUUGAAUGUACCGCAGAACCUUCAGGCUCAGCUGGCGGUUCCAGUUCUGGUCAGCCAUCGAAAGAGCCCGCGGCCACAAAUGACAGCUCUCCCGGACCCAAACCCCCGGUACCUGCAGACUGUAAACUUCCGGAGCCUGCAGAUUUCCCACAAAUAAAUAAACCUGUGGACGAAGCGGAAAUUCUUGACGCCAUGGAAGAGAGCUCACCCGCUGUCAGUGAUGAUCCUUCGACCAGGAACGAGACAGGUCCUUCUGCAGCCACUGGAGGUCCAACUGAAGGUUUCGGACCAGGGACAUCAAGUGGAGAUGGAGGUACAACAAGCAAUGAGCGGCGCCCGUCCGUUGUAGGAGUAGUGCUGAGCCUUGCAGACCUGGCCAGCGCUAUCUUAACAUCCUCAUCAACGGCGACAACGCCUACGCCGCCGCCGCUCGUUGCUCAGAGUGCAGAAGAGGUAGAUGUGGUUUCCAGUACCGUUUCUGAACUGCCGUCAUUUCCAGGGUAUUCUCCUUGGCCAACUGCUGAGCUGGCAGAAGAGGUGGAUGCAGCUUCCAGAACCCCUUCCGACCUGCCGUCGUUGUCUCCGUCACUGAACUUGUAUCUGGCAGUGAAUUUGCCUUUGCUUGCAGACGCGCUCGGUAUUGAAGCAGACAGAAGCAGCUGCGAAUCGAAAAAUUCCCAAGAAAUGAAAAAGGCCCACGAGGGAAGCGAUGGCACGAGCAGUGAAUUCAUAGGAAAACCUGGACGUGGCAGAUUGUGUCGUAGUGUGAGCAAAGAUGCAGAAUCAACAUCUAGUGUACCACUGAGCAGCCAUUCUUCUUUGGAGCUGACGGAAUUCAUAGAGAGUUCCGAGGAUGAUACUCCUAGCCACACCCAUGAGCAAUUGGAGGAUUUAGAAGAGACUGUAAUAGAACAUUCUUCGUCCCCUGGCUCGGGAGACCAACCAUCAAACAGCACUGAUUGGGCGAUGGUGCCAGCUAGUGAAUCUACUUCAAAUUUUUCGCGUGAUGAUGGCAACUGUACUAAUGAAGUUCCAAAAGAAUAGAAAUAUGACGACCGUCCAUGGGAAAUAAUUAUAGGAUGGAGAACAGAAUAUGGGAAGUAGUAAUUUUAUCUUGCAUUUAGUAGUCUAGCUUGAACCAUAUAAAACUUUUUAAACAACAUUUUAAUGCUAAUGCUCGGAUAUUUUAUUAAAAUGUGAAGGUUUUAAUUGAAAUUCAUAAAGUAAAGCAAACAAUAUAAACAUGUUGUACAGUUUCGACUAAUAUUCUUUGCAAAUAACGCCAAAAUGCAUCAGAAAUAUAAGCUUCAUAGUUUAAAUAAAAUAGAGAAAAUGCUAAAUUUUUAAAACCUAUUGACCCGCAAUGUUUUGUCAUCUUAUGGUGUUUAAUUUUGUAUUUCGUCAUAAAGGUAAAUUUUGUUUCUUUUGGAUAAUCUCUGUGGUGCAUUUGGAGUUAGUAUUAAAUCAAUUAUACCAAUUAAUGAGCACAUAGAUCUGUGAAUCGGACUGAUACAACAUGUUAAUAAUUGCACCCGCUGAAAAUGAAAAUAAAUGAUAAAGGAAUUAUAAUGUACCCCCAAAGGUAAUACCUCCGAAAAUAUUGAGCAUACUGUGUGGAAUACGUGUAGGACCAAGAAAACUUAAAAUGUUUACUUCCACGCCGGGUUCCUUACAAUUUUAUAACUUUUACCUUCCUUUAAUAAAGUUGGCACCUGAAGUGGAUGAGAAUAGUUUUGUACAUUCUUAUUAAUAAAAGAUUUUUUAAAGUUUUGGUAGAUAUUUGAUUUUUUAAUCCACUUAAACCCGAAAAAUUAGUUUCACUAACUUCAAGAUGCUACCACAAAAACUUAUUUCUUGUACCUGCAUUUCAAAUAUUUACAUCAAUUAUUGAAGAUUUUUGUGGGACAUAAAAUUAUAAAGGUUACUCUAAUUGUUUAGUUCCAAAACUAUUCCAAUGUUUAGUACUACAUGCAUUCUUUCACGCAAAAGAAAAGUAUGGGGCCUCAAAAAUUACCUUCAGGGUCUCUGCUCACCAGCGUUGCAUUAACGCUAUCUUAUGUGAAUCGGAGCGCUUUGUCCUUUCCGCAUAAGAUAGUGUUAAAUCUAAUCACGCCCGUCAAUGCAACGCUCGUAUAACACAGGCCUUGGUGUAAUGUCACUGUGGAAAGCAGCAAACUAUUUUAACUGUUCGUUUACUUACUUUUCUCAUCGCAGGGCCGGCACCGUGGUUCUGUUUCGGACGCUUGCGGAGCUCCUAGUGAAAACGGUGUCUGCGCUCACGCUCAAGUUUCCUUAAAACAAACUUGAAACUCGCUAAAGCAUUUUAAACAUUAUAUUCGAAUUUAGAAACAAUCUAAAAAGAUUUGAAAGUUAAAUAAAUGGAAAACUGGUUAAACCCGAAGAUAAACAAUCCUGCAAAACCAAUGGAAAUGGCAUAUAAAUCUUAAACCGCCAGUACGAAUUAUUUCAUUGAAAUGUAGAGAUGAGAGUCUCACGCAUACUGCGAAUAGCUGAUCAGCGCAACCAAAUUAGUAGUGUUAAUGGCUAACAAUAUUCAGUACAUUUGAAUUUUUAUUCGGUAUUUAGAAAGUGUGGCUGUCAGAUAGACGAAACAAUAAACUUGUUUGGACAACUUGUAUUUUUGACUUUUUUCAUUGUUUGUCGGUGAACCCUUGAUACAUAGAUGCCUGAGGGUGGGGGUGUUACUAAGAGUGAAUAUCAAAAUAAGUUGGCCUUUUUUUGUUCGGGAUAACCAGCUCACCCGUUCACUUCGGUCUCGAGCUCUCUUCCUUCAGCCCCACGGCUCUGACCAUGCGAUUGGUGUACUCUGAAAUGGACAGUUACGACAGCUUAGGCUACCAUUAUUUUCGGCACCAACGGUAUUUACUGGUUACAGACUUUUAUUUUGCGUGUUUAAAUGUAUGUAGUAUUUUGUGGUUUUAAAAUGGAAAAUACAGCAAUUAUAGGGACAUACCUUUUAGUGUGUUCCACACAAAUCUUUAAAAAUAUAUAUAAAUAUUUGACAUGCAAAUACGAUUUUUGUGGUAGUACCUCUUGAAGUUAGUGAAAUUUUUCUUUCACGUUGAAGCGUGUUAAAAACUCAAGUACCCACAAGGAGUUUUCCUCUUUAGAAUUGUCACUCUAACGCAUUCCAGGUGUUCACAUUUUCAUCAUACCUGCAGUACAAAUUGACAUUUUUCUAUAAAAUUAGAGAUGGUGUGCGUGUAUAUGUGUGUGUGGAAAAAUUGUAUCUAGAAGUUUUCUUGAUCCCAAACAUUUCCACAUAAAACUCGUUCAUAAUGCUCGAGGCAUUAAGUUUGCACUACAUUUUCAAAUUCGAAAGAAGUGGCCUCAGGGUAAUAAGGCCGAAACUUUCUUCACAAUGUGUUAUGAUAGAACUGACAAAUGUAUUCUGAUUACUCAAUUUAAACACAGUGGAACUUCAAAGUGACGACAUG